AUGGCGUGCCCCAAGCAGUGCCACAUCCAGCCCUACUCAGCCUUAAGCAGUGCCACACCCAGCCCCACUCAGCCACAAGCAGUGCCACAUCCAGCUCCACUCAGCCCCAAGCAGUGCCCCAACAAGCCCUACUCAUCCCCAAACAGUGCCGCAACCAGCGCCACUCAGACCCCAGCAGUGCCACAUCCAGCCCCACUUUGCCCUAAGCAGUGCCACACCCAGCUCCACUCACCCUCAGCAGUGCCACACCCAACCCCACUCAGCUCCAAACAGUGCCACAUCCAACCACACUCAGCCCCAAGCAGUGCCACAUCCAGCCCCACUCACCCCCAGCAGUGCCACACCCAGCCCCACUCAGCCCCAAGCAAUGACCAAUCCAGCCCCACUCAGCCCCUAAAUAGCCCUCAGUUCAGCCCCAAGACCCUACGCAGCCCUCAGUUCAACGUACAAACUGCAGGCGGCGUGGCGGUGGCAGCUGACUGGCUCACUCGUGUAACGGAAAACCCUAUUUGUACAAGUGUUGCUCUGAGGAACGCUUCUGGUGCUGCCCGGAGGAACAUGUGA